CGAGCGCUUUAAAUCCUCUUUACUUCCGCGUCUUCGCCAUCCCCACCGGCCACCACCACCACCUCGCCGGCCCAAUGGCCGCCAGCUCCGGCGACACCUGUGCCAGCGGAAGCGGCGGUGGGGGUGGUGAUGACAGCGCGUGCUCCACCCCCUUCGUCAGCGCGCCGUCCAGCCCCGCCCGCGACCCGUCGUUCUCCGCCGCCGGCUGCUUCUACAGCGCGCCGGCGAGCCCCGCGCGCGGCGGACCCGGCACCGGCGAUGAGUAUGGCUUCGAGCUGGGGCUCGACUUCAAUUUCGACUUCUCCUCGCGCUGCCCGUCGCCGGCGGCGGCCGCGAUGUCCUCCGCCGACGAGCUCUUCCACAACGGCCAGAUCCGGCCAAUGCAGCUCGCGUCCUUCCUCCUCCGCCCGCAGGCGCUGCCGCCGCUCAACGGAGACGUCUCCGAAGGCCGUCCGGCGCCGCCCCCGCCGCCGGAAGCGGAGGUGAAAGCGGCGCCGGCGGACGAGCGCAGCCGUUUCCGGAGCCGGUCAGUUCACCGCCGUUCCCGCUCCCUCUCCCCGUUCCGCACCCACUGGCUCUCGCCGUCGUCGUCGCCUGCUCCGGCGGCGAGCUCCGGCGAACCAGCGGCUGGGGAGGUGGCCCCGUCGGCCUCCCGGUCGUCGUCGUCCUCCUCGACGGCGUCCUCCGCGUCCUCCUCUUCAAGAAGCUGCCGCAGGUGGGGGUUCUUGAAGGACCUCCUCCACCGGAGCAAGUCCGACAGCGGCAAGCACCCACCUUUACCCUCUAAUCCGCCGCCGGCGCCCAAGAGGAAUCCCUCCCCGGCGGCGUCGCGAGGCCGCGGGAGGGCGAGGACGUCGGCGCACGCGCGCCUGUACGAGGCCCGGCGCGCGGAGGCGGAGGAGAUGCGGCGGCGCACGUUCCUGCCGUACCGGCAGGGCCUCCUCCUCGGCUGCCUGGGGCUCGGUUCCCCGGGCUACGGCGCCAUGCACGGCCUCGCCGCCGCGGCAGCGGCCGGCAAGUCAAGACCGUGACGCCCGCCGUCACCACUUCCACCUCCACGAAAGCCUCUCCUUCUCUUCCACCUCGAGCUGCUGUUCUUGGAGCUCAACUGUUCAUGGCUUAGCGCCUUAGCUUAGUGUUAAGUAUUGCAAUGUUAAUUACGAGCAAGUGAGUAGCUGGGAAAAAGGGGUUGACUUUUUUGUUGUACAGAAAAGGGAUCAGUGGGCUGUGUGAUCUCUGUUUGUAGUAUCUUAUGGUGAUGUAAUUUAAGUGUUGACUGCUGGAAAAGUUGGUCUUUUGAUGGUGAUUCUU